AAUCUUUAAACCCCCAUCAUCAUCAACUUCCUCAACCAACCACCACCACACAACCAACCAACAAUGGCAUCUCUCACAAACCCCACCACAUUAUCCACCUUAACCCACCACCACCACCAACCUUCCUCCAUCUCCACCUUCACUCUCUUCAAUUCCCCAAAACACCCCUCAUUCACACCCUUAAUUACCCACUCCACCAUUACCACUAACCCCACCGUAUUCCGCCGUACACCCACCAUCACUUCCGCAACCACCAACCCAUCACCAUCCACUUCCACCGCCUCAUUUCACGGCACAUGCUACGUCGUCCGUGACAACAUUGACACAGACCAAAUCAUCCCAGCUGAAUACUUAACCUUAGUCCCCUCAAAACCCGACGAGUAUAAAAAACUCGGGUCCUACGCCUUAAUCGGACUCCCUUCAUCUUACGAGCAAAGAUUCGUUGAGCCCGGGGAAAACAAUUCCAAAUAUUCAAUCAUUAUCGCUGGCGAUAACUUCGGCUGCGGCUCCUCACGCGAGCACGCGCCAGUGGCCUUAGGGGCCGCUGGGGUGGCUGCGGUGGUGGCGGAGUCGUACGCGAGGAUAUUUUUUAGGAAUUCGGUUGCGACCGGAGAGGUUUAUCCGCUUGAAUCGGAGGUGAGGGUUUGUGAUGAGUGUAGGACGGGUGAUGUGGUGACGAUUGAGCUUGAGGGGAGUUUGUUGGUGAAUCAUACGACGGGGAAGCAGUAUCGGUUGAAGCCGAUUGGUGAUGCGGGACCCGUGAUUGAGGCGGGUGGGAUUUUCGCUUAUGCGAGGAAGACUGGGAUGAUUCCUGGGUAGAGUUCUUUGCAGGUCCUUGUAUUCUGUUCAUUCUCCGCGGUUUUGUGGACAAGAAUCAUCUCAAAGCUACAUAUCCAGGCAUGUAGGUGAAGAAGUGCGCGCGUAGUAUAAUGUUUUUUUCCUUUGUGUUGAUGUCAAACUUGCAGUAUAAUUACGUUUUUGUGAUUUUAUAAAAAUCGUGCAUUCUUCUCUCU